GCUAACGAUAAGAUCAGGAGUUGUCAUCAACAAGGGCAUCCUUGUCAGCCUAAAUCACGACGGUCCGAAAUUUCAUCCAUCGAAAUCGUAGAAGAUUGCACUGAACUGGAAACGACGUGUCGCUGCAUAYAAAGGUGGACAAUUCGUUCUUACCGAGAGAAGUGCGUUGGAAACGGGAGCCGCCUUAACCGUUACUUCUCGCGACGAAAAGCCUCAAUCCAAUCCACUUAAAGCGUCGACACUAYUUUUUGGUAAAAGGUCAAGUGAGAGUGGGUCGCUGCCGAGACGUGCAUACCACCUUUGUUGCUCGGUCAUCAUCUUUUCAACYAUCGGCAUUUUAAAUUUCAUUCUAUUCUAGCAUUUCGGUGUACAACGAUACACCACACAACGAUAGGAAUCUAUGUUGAUGACGAAAAUGAGCACAAAUAGGUCGACGCCUCACAUGAGGCAAUUUGCCCCAGUGAAAUACAAGAAGGCCCCUCAAGCACCAAGACGAUUCAAAAGUUCAUAUAUGUUUUUCUCAACGAARAAACACAAGGAGAUAAGAGAGGAGUUGUCCGAAAAGGGAGAAGGGCAAAAGGUGAGAAGGCAAUCGCAACAUAUGGGAAACCCCGUUCAAUGUUGCGCACGCAGUCCUUUCUAUUUUUCUUCUAUUUUCUGUCGAUCAUUCGACGUUUUUCUUUCUCAAGACGUGUCGCUUUUUACUUUUUUGCUUCAAAAUCGUGAUUUUUUUGACRUGUGCAGUUAUCAACGACAGAAGUAGCCAAGAUGGUAUCUCAGGCCUGGAAAGCAUUACCAGAAGACGAACGGGAAAAAUGGGAAGAGAUGGCACGUCAAGAUAAAGCUAGGUAUGAAAUGGAGAAGUCAAUGUACACUGGUCCUUGGAAAGUUCCGGCUACUAAACGGAUAAGCAAGGAUCCCAAAGCACCAAAGCGUCCCAUGUCCGCAUUUUUGUCCUUUUCGAACUCAAAACGAUCGGAAGUCAAGAGUAAGUACAAGGACGCUAAAAAUGCAGAAAUAUCGAGAAUCUUAGCUCAAAUGUGGAAAGGAGCCGAUGCAGAAGAGAAGAAAUCAUUUAUUGACGAAGAAUUUGCGCUGAGACAAAAAUACAAAAAAGCGAUGACAGAAUGGAAGCGACAGUCUGAAGAGGAAAUCAAAUCAAAGAGAGAAGAGCGCGAGAACGAAGCAUUGAAAGCUGUGCGAGAAGGUAAACUUCCGGUACGAAACGAAGAGCAGCAAUCGAGAAACAAUAAUGUAGGCAGCGCCGCAGAUUCCACCGACACCAUGGGGAUCAAUUAUAGCACCAAAAUGGCAAGUGAUACUUUUGGACCAUCGGCAGCCAAUAGCUACACCAUGAGUUCCCAUUCAUCACACAACAUCACUCGAUCUACCCAGCCUUUGUCAAAUUACAGCUUCUCAAAUAAUGAGUACCCCCAAAACAAUCAGCCGCAGCCAUACACACAAGGGGCUGCCUCUUCUUCGUACUACUAUCCCGAACAUCAAACUUCAACUGAUUCCUAUGGUAACGCUCCUGGUAAUCACAGAAAUUCAUACGGAGCAACAUACCAAACGCAUGGAAAUAAUUUGGUCACAUAUGAUAAUUACGACAGACGAUAUGAUGGAGGGUCAUCUAUUGGCUACGACAACUAUGGACAAACCCAUCCAUACGGUUACGCACCACAAUCUUACUAUCAACAAGGUAUGUGCKKUAUAUCAGUCURUUUGAUACUUUUUUCUACCCCUUUUUUCAUGAUAAAUUUUGGAUCGGAUGAGAGAUUCUCGCGUUCGACACUUCGACCAUUCCCUAAUUUGAAUUUUACAAUAUUGAUUUUUGUUAAAAGCGUUCGUCGCAGACUAUUCGCAAGGUGCUGAUCUAUCAACCGAACACUCGCCUCAKCAAAAUUUUGCAUAUGGAAGCACUCCACCAUUUUAUMAUUAUGACCCGAACCGACCACCUUCUGACCAGCAAGACAACUUGCAAUCGCGAUAGACAAACAAUAAUGCAUCAUUUUAGUUGGACAGUGCACCRUUGCUGAUGGCAUCGGGCGAGGUCGGGAGCGAACGCAUCAACCGCGACAAAACACAGUUUUUCACAAUACUAUGUGUCAUUUUCUUUUUUGUACAAKAUUGCAUCAGUGCCAACAAAAGCAGCCCAACUGUACUUUUUCACUUCGAGUUUGACCUGGAACACUCUGCGCCAGGAAUUGGGCAGAUUGCAAUUUAAUUUCGCAUGGGAAUUCUAGACUUUUGCCACGAUUUUUGUCGAUUAAAAUACUCUCUUUUGACGAUAAGAGCAAUCAUAAUAUUUCUGUUUGAAUAAGUGACGAAAACUUUU